GGCAACAAAACCCGCUGCUCGGAGGCGAUCGGCAUUCAGUCGAGAACGCGCUGCUCGCAGAUACUCAAGCUACAAGAUACUUUUGCUCCAGUCUCAGAUACACCGAGCACCGAGUACGAGUUCGUAUUACUCACUCAUCCGCUAGAUACGAAGAUACAUUUCGCAGUGCGCCAAACGAUUGCAGUUUGCAAACUGGAUUUUCCAACAAAACCCAAAAUAAUACAAAAAAAACAAACCCGAAAACGUGCUAAGUGAAAAAUACAAAAGCCAAUUGCAGUGGCUAGGAAAACCAAAACAAAAAAAAACUUUCAAAACUCGAACCGCAACGAAAUAGAAAAAGUAGUUCAGAGCGUGAAAAAAAUACGUUACUUGCUGCAAAAGUUGUGAAACGUAUCCGAGAGAUACAAACUAAAAUAUAGAGAGAGCAGCAGCAGCAGCAGUAGCAGUAGCAAGCGCCAAGCGAAAGCCAAACAAGCGACAAAAGUGCAAUUUCCAAAAGCAAAUCUAUAGCUUAUAGAUAACCACCAAAAUCCAAACAAAUAAUUAAGAUUUGACAAAUUGAAAAGCCUCGAAAAACGAUUCAACCUCAAGGGAGAUUCGCCGGAUUGGAUUAACAUUUUGUCGACCAAGACAAGAACCGAAAGCACUACAAUGCAAGUGGAAUCCAGCUACCCGAAAUACGCCGGACGUGUGCCGCCUUUGGACCUCUCCCAGGUGAACGCCACCCAGGAUCUGUGGAGUGGCAGUGGAGUGGCCACAACGCCUUCCUCUAAAAGGCACCUCCAUCAUCCCUACCAGAUGCUGGACAAGUGCCGUGGUGGGGGAGUGGUAUCCCUGAUCAGUUCCUCCGCCACCUCCGACGACAACAAUAACCGACUGCUGGGCACGGACGAUGCCGGCAUGACGAGUCUGCUCCAUCCCAUUGGCUCCGAUGGCCUGCCCCUGGAUCCGCGCGACUGGACGCGAGCGGAUGUCUGGAAGUGGCUCAUUAACAUGGCCGUCUCCGAGGGCCUGGAAGUGACGCCCGAACUGCCCCAGAAGUUCCCCAUGAACGGCAAGGCGCUGUGCCUCAUGAGUCUGGACAUGUACCUGUGCCGCGUCCCAGUCGGCGGCAAGAUGCUCUACCGGGACUUCCGGGUGCGACUCGCCCGGGCCAUGGCCCUGCUCUCAUAAUCCGUAUCCCACGGAUGCAUGCAGCUAUCCCUCACACGGUUGUACAUAUGUAUCUCUAGAGUUAGAGUUAUAUUAUUAGUUAUUAGAGUUAUAGCUUAGCCUAAGCUAUAUACUAUUGUUAGUUGUAAUGCCUAGUCGAUAGAUACUUGAUAGCUAAGUCUUUAGCCAUAACUGAUCCUGCAUUUCAAUGUCAAAGAUUCCUCCGCGGAGGAGUGAAGCAGAAACUGAAGAGAAGUUCGAAUGCUGUCCUAUUAGAUUGCUAAGUUUUGCAUCCGAUGAUGAAAAUAUAAAUAUAUAAAAUGAAAUUUUAUAAAGAAAAA